AUGGCGGAGGAGGCGCACGUGCCGCUGCAAGCCAUCCUAUUGGCUGACAGUUUCGCGCAGACAUUCCGACCAAUCACGCUGCGCAAACCCAAGGUGCUGCUACCGGUGGCGGGCGCGGCCAUGGUGGACUACUCGCUCGAGUGGCUGGCCAUGGCGGGCGUCGAGGAGACCUUCGUCUUCUGCUGCGCGCACUCCCCCCAGAUCCGAGCGCACCUGGAGGAUGCCGGCUGGAUGCACCUCUCCGCCUCCUCGCACCACCAGGGGGGCGGCGGGCAGCGGCACGGCAUGCGCGUGUCGACAGUGGUGGCACAUGACUGUGUGAGCGUGGGGGACGCACUCAGACACAUGGAUCACAUGGGCGUGAUCCGCGGGGAUUUUAUUCUGGUGAGCGGGGAUGUCAUCGCCAAUGUCUCGCUCACACACGCGCUGCACGCCCACAGGGAGAGGAGGCGCAAGGACAAGCAGGCGGUGAUGACCAUGCUGCUCACGCACUGCCCCUCCAACCCCCUCACCCACCUCGUACGCCACACACCCACCUCUUAUAACUUUCUUCCACCCUCUUCAGCAUUAUUUCUCAUUAACUUGUGCUGCGAGGCACAAGUGUUUGGCAUCUGCCCGGACUCCACCCAGCUGCUCUUCUACGAUCCGCCGCCCGUCCCCCUCUCCUCCACGCCCACCGGCAAGCUCGCAGCGUUAGCGGGUGAACGGCGUAGCUUGGCAGUAUCUGUGGAGCGGGCGGUGUGGCAGGGGCACAGACGGCUGGCACUGCGCACGGACCUGGAGGACAGUGGCAUAGACAUCUGUGCGCCAGAGGUGCUGUACCUAUACACGGACAACUUUGACUACCAGCACCCCAGGCGAGACUUCCUGCGCGGCAUUCUCAAUGAUGACAUCAUGGGAAACAAGAUCUACACGCACGAGAUCAAGUCGCAGUACGCCGCCCGCAUCGACACAUUGCGAUCGUACGCAACGGUGACAAGGGACGUGCUGCAGCGCUGGGCCUUCCCCCUCGCGCCCGACUGUACCUUCGGGGCCCACAGCGGCCGCACUGCCGUCACCCAUGGCAACCGGUACCGCGAAGAAGCGGUGUCAGUGGCACGGUCAGCGGUGAUAGGCCCGGACACGCUGCUGGGGGAGGGCACGGUGGUGGCGGAGAGGGCAGUGGUGCGCGGGUCAGUGCUGGGGGCGCACUGCCUGGUGGGCGAGGGGGCCGUGGUGGAAGGAAGCUUCCUGUGGGGCGGUGUCACGGUGGGAGCAGGCGCGGUUGUGCGGCACGCUGUGCUGUGCGACGGCGUGCAGGUCGUUCGUGGCAGGGGGGACUGUGAACCCCGGCUGUGUGCUCUCCUUUGA